AUGGCCCCCCGUAACGCCACUCCCGAUGCUGCGGCGUGGCUCGGCCGCUGCGAAGCCGCCAUCGGUCUGGACGCCACUUUGCCUGCCUCGCCGGGCCCUGAAUCCUGUGUACCCCUGACGCCGACCCAGCAAAUGACAACCGCUGGCGCUGGCAGAGGCGGCCAAGCCUGCUUUCAAGCCGCUGGCUACCAGUCCGAAAAGAAUCGCGGCAGCCCUGCCGAGCCGCCGAGCUAUCACCAUCCAGGAUCCAAAUCCGGACCCCUGUCCCCUGGCCCUUCAUAUGCCAGUCCCAAGCUUUGUCCGGACCCGCCACGGAGCUUCUCCCUCGCGUCCCUGAUUCACAAGCUUUGCUUGCUCUUCGUGUUGCUGUCCGUUGCAUUGUUAGUCUCCGGUUUAUUAACUUUAUUAACUACUCGUGGCCCCGAUUUCGAUGCAGCUCUUCCUGAUGUCUCGACGCAGCUCCCGGCUUCCCAGCUGGAUCGAUUUGCCUUUUAUUCCCACCGCAACAUUCUUUACAUCAUGGCACUUCCAAGCUGGAUCUGGAAGCACGCUCUUGCCUACUCGGCCGUACUUUCGUCACUCGUUAACCCUUCACACGCCGCUCCUUCUACUUCUCUCUCUGCUACAAACUAUGUCGCCAACUCCGUCACUGCUAUUCGGGAGAUGAACAAUGCCUUUUAUGAUGUCGAGACUGGUCUCUGGAGCUCUGCCUGGUGGAACAGCGCCAAUGCUUUCACCACGUUGGCCGACUUUGCCCAGCUCCGUCUCAAUGAGGCAAACCAGCUCAACGUUGGCGGCUUUCUGCGCAACACUUAUGCCCAGGCUCAGAUCACAAGCGUCUCCGUCGCCAAGUUUGUGAAUGCUGCCGGUCUUCCCCAAACUCUUCACUGCAUCAACGGCAGGGGAUGCUCUGCCUCCUUUGCGGCCUCUUUGCCCACCAGUCUCCAGAAGCGAGGCUUUGCCGACUUCCUCGAUGACUUUUACGACGACGAGGGGUGGUGGGCUCUCGCCCUGAUUCACGCUCACGACGCCACCGGCGAUCAGGACUAUCUCGAUUCGGCUAUUGAAGUCUUCAACGACAUGCAGACCGGUCAAGGAACUCCCUGUGGUGGGGGCAUUUACUGGAGCAAGGACCGCACUUACGUCAACGCCAUCGCCAACGAGCUGUACCUCUCUGUUGCCGCCUCCCUUGCCAACCGGGUGCCAUCCAACGGCACCUACCUUCAGAUUGCCAAGGCUCAGUGGCAGUGGUUCCAGCAGAGCGGCAUGAUCAAUUCCAACAACCUCAUCAAUGACGGUCUCGACUCCAACUGUAAGAACAACGGCCUGACCACCUGGUCUUACAACCAGGGUGUUAUCCUCGGUGGUCUCAGCGAGCUCGCCAGGGCUACCGGUGACAGCUCUCUUCUCACCAAGGCUUCCGCCAUUGCCAACGCCGCCAUCAACGCCCUCUCCAACGCAGACGGCAUCCUCGUCGAGGCCGACAAGUGCGAGCUCAACCCGGGCAACUGCGGCACAGACGGUCAACAGUUCAAGGGUGCCUUCAUCCGCAACCUGCGAUACCUCAAUGACCUGGCACCAAGCACCACCUUCAAAAACUUCAUCCUCCGCAAUGCUCAGUCCAUUUGGAACAACGACCGCAACAGCCAAAACAUGCUUGGCGUCGCCUGGACUGGGCCCUAUGUGGCGGCUACUGGCUCGUCCCACAGCAGUGCUCUGGAUGCCCUAGUGGCCGCGAUUGCUGUUUCAUAG